AUGCCUGUUGCGGCUAGAACAACCCGUCGGGCCGCCGUCGCCAAUGAAAACGACGAAAACAGCAACACGCGUAUGGCCACCAGAGCCACCAAGUCUGUCCUCGGCGAUGAUGGCAAGGCCACCAAGGGAGCUCUCCAGACUAGGAGGACCACCUCCGCCGCCGCUGGUCCUCGCAAUGCCCUGAACGAUGUGAGCAACCGCAACAGAACCGAGACAGUUGCCGGCAAGAAGCCCAAGGGCUUGGUUUCCAAGGCUCAACCGACUGCCCCGAAGCAGACGACACGCGUUGCCUCCAAGGCCGCCGCUCCCAAGGAGCAGCCGAAGCGCGUCGAGAAGAGGCCUUCUGGCAACGGCGGCACUGCUCAGAAACGAAAGCUCUCCGAGCAAGAAAAGGAAAACCUUUUGGAGAUUGCCAGGGAGCCUGUUGCCGAGACCAAGCCGGACAGGAAGAACCUCAGCCGGCCCGAGAACAAGGUCCCCGAGGCUGACAAGGCCCAAUUCGACGACAUUGAUGACGAGGACCGUGACGAUCCUCUCAUGGUUGCCGAGUAUGCCAACGAGAUUUUUGAGUACCUGCGCGACUUGGAGUGCAAGUCGAUUCCCAACCCUCAGUACAUGCAGCACCAGGAUGAGCUCGAGUGGAGCACGCGUGGAAUUCUCGUCGACUGGCUCAUUGAAGUCCACACGCGUUUCCAUCUGCUUCCCGAGACUCUGUUCCUCGCCGUCAACAUCGUCGACCGCUUCCUCUCAAAAAAGGUCAUUCAGCUUGACAACUUUCAAUUGGUUGGCAUCACCGCCAUGUUCAUUGCGUCCAAGUACGAAGAGGUUCUCUCUCCUUACAUUGGCAACUUCAAGCGCAUCACCAACGACGGAUUCACAGAAGAGGAGAUCCUGAGCGCCGAGCGUUUUGUCCUGAGCACACUCGAUUACGACCUAAGCUAUCCCAACCCCAUGAACUUCCUUCGUCGCGUCUCCAAGGCGGACAACUACGAUAUCCAGUCGCGCACAAUCGGCAAGUAUCUCACUGAGAUUAGCCUUUUGGACCACCGCUUCAUGGCUUUCCGUCCUAGCCAUGUCGCCGCCGCCGCCAUGUACCUGUCGCGCCUCAUGCUCGACCGUGGUGAAUGGGACGAGACUCUGGCCCACUAUGCUGGCUACACGGAGGAGGAGCUGGAUCCUGUUGUGCAUCUCAUGGUUGACUACCUCGCCCGUCCUGUCGUACACGAAGCGUUCUUCAAGAAGUAUGCCAACAAGAAGUUCCUCAAGGCCUCCAUCAUUUCGCGUCAAUGGGCCAAGAAGAACGCCAUUGUGUUUGGCAUCACCGACAUCGACUUGUCGUUAUAUCACCUUGACGAAUAA